AUGCGUUGGGACGAAGAGGUCCUGUGCGGUGCUCGUCUCAAUCUUUCAACUUUCCAUCCGAUUUUGCACUCUCAGCAGCUUCAGGUGCUGCACCUGCUCCGUUCUCCCUGCGCCGACAGCAUCGCUUGUGGUGCUGCACUGGGUGCCUGCGGCAAGGACGCCAAUUGGCUCGCUGCCGCGCAGCUGCUUGUGGAUGGACAGAGCCAGCUGCUGGAGAAGCAUUGCAUCAUGUACAAUGCGAUGGUAACGGCCUGCGAAAGAGGGCUUGCGUGGCCCCUGGCUCUUCAACUGCUGCCAGAUCUGGCCGUCGCAUCCGUCGAAAUCUCCGAUGUCACGUACAACGCGGCCAUCAGUGCUUGCGAAAAGGGUGUUAGCGCUGCCAGCAUUGCAAGUUGUUGUUACGAGGAGCUGACGUCAAAGACGACUGCCUCUUUGAAACGGUUGUAG